AUGCCCCGCAACCACGGCGGCGGGGAGGAGGGCAGCUCCGCGGGGCUCUGGGUGAAGAGCGGCGCGGCGGCGGGUAUGAAGGAUGUGGAGUCGGGCCGGGGCAGGGCGCUGACGAGCUCGGCGGCCCGCGGCGACGGCCUGCUGCUCCUGGGCACCGGCGGCACGGCCGCCCCCGCCGGGCUGCGGGAGGGCCGCCGCGGGAAGCACGGUGCCCGCAUGAGCCUGCUGGGGAAGCCGCUGUCGUACAGCAGCGGGCCGAGCUGCCGCAGGAACGCCAAGUACCGCCGGCUGCAGAACUACCUGUACAACGUGCUGGAGCGGCCCCGAGGAUGGGCCUUCGUCUAUCACGCCUUCGUUUUUCUCCUUGUGUUUGGUUGCUUGAUUUUGUCCGUGUUUUCUACUAUUCCUGAACACACAAAACUUGCCUCUGGUUGUCUCUUCAUUUUGGAAUUUGUCAUGAUUGUUGUCUUUGGUUUGGAAUUUAUUAUUCGUAUCUGGUCUGCUGGAUGCUGUUGUCGAUACCGAGGAUGGCAAGGAAGACUGCGCUUUGCAAGGAAACCAUUCUGUGUAAUAGACAUCAUUGUUCUCAUCGCUUCAAUAGCAGUUGUUUCUGCAAAAACUCAGGGUAACAUUUUUGCAACAUCAGCACUGAGAAGUCUUCGUUUCCUACAGAUCCUUCGUAUGGUGCGUAUGGACCGAAGAGGAGGCACUUGGAAAUUAUUAGGUUCAGUAGUUUAUGCACAUAGCAAGGAAUUAAUCACAGCCUGGUACAUAGGAUUUUUAGUACUCAUCUUUUCAUCUUUCCUGGUUUAUCUGGUGGAAAAAGAUGCAAAUACCCAAUUCUCCACAUAUGCAGAUGCUCUCUGGUGGGGCACAAUCACAUUGACAACCAUUGGUUACGGAGACAAAACUCCUCUUACUUGGCUUGGAAGGCUGCUUUCUGCAGGAUUUGCUCUUCUUGGCAUUUCUUUCUUUGCACUACCUGCUGGCAUCCUUGGCUCGGGAUUCGCAUUGAAAGUGCAGGAACAGCAUCGUCAGAAACACUUUGAGAAAAGAAGGAAUCCAGCUGCAAGUCUAAUUCAGUGUGUAUGGCGUAGUUAUGCUGCUGAUGAGAAAUCGGUUUCCAUUGCUACCUGGAAGCCUCAUUUGAAGGCCUUGCAUACCUGCAGCCCUACAAAAAAAGAACAAGGGGAAUCUUCUAGCAGUAAGCUUUGUAGUAAUAAACAGAAGCUCUUCAGGAUGUACACGCCUCGGAAACAUAGUCAAAAGCUAAGUUUUAAGGAGCGGGUCCGGAUGGCCAGCCCACGAGGUCAAAGUAUAAAAAACAGGCAAUCUUCAGUCGGAGAUCGCCGCUCACCAAGUGCUGACAUUGCCACCGAGGGCAGCCCAACCAAAGUCCAGAAGAGCUGGAGCUUCAAUGACCGAACCCGCUUCAGGCCCUCGCUGCGACUGAAGAGCUCACAGCCCAAACCCGUGGUUGAUGCUGACACAAGUCUUGGAACAGAUGAUGUUUAUGAUGACAAAGGGUGCCAGUGUGACGUGUCAGUAGAAGAUCUCACCCCUGCUCUUAAAACUGUCAUCAGAGCAAUCAGAAUUAUGAAAUUUCAUGUCGCAAAGAGAAAGUUUAAGGAAACGCUUCGCCCAUAUGAUGUCAAAGAUGUCAUUGAACAGUAUUCAGCAGGUCAUCUAGACAUGUUAUGCAGGAUUAAGAGUCUUCAGUCACGUGUUGACCAAAUUCUUGGGAAAGGACAAAUCACAGCAGAUAAAAGAACCAGAGAAAAGAAUCCUGCAGAGAAUGAGACAACUGAUGACCUCAGUAUGUUAGGGCGGGUAGUCAAAGUGGAGAAACAGGUACAAUCCAUUGAGUCAAAAUUGGACUGUCUAUUAGAUAUUUAUCAACAAGUUUUGCGAAAAGGAUCUGCAUCUGCGCUCACUUUGGCUUCAUUUCAAAUGCCAGCUUUUGAAUGUGAGCAGACUUCUGAUUAUCAGAGUCCAUCAGACAGCAAAGAUUUAUCUAAUUCUGCACAAAUUAGUGGAUGUGUAUCCAGAUCAGCUAGUGCCAAUCUGCCUCGUGGCCUACAGCUUAUACUGACACCAAAUGAAUUUAGCACUCAGGCUUACUAUGCUUUCAGUCCAGCUAUGCAUAGUCAAGCAACACAAGUGCCAAAUGAUGGACCUGCAACAGUUAAUAAUACAUCAAACCAAAUAAACCAGGCAACCAAGCCAGCAACUCCGACAACAUUACAAAUACCACCUUUCUCAUCAAUGAAGCAUAUCAAUAAGCCUGAGCCUGUUCAUAUUAUUCCUGUAACCACACAGGAAAAUAUUUCCAAUGUCACCGCUUGCCUUGUUGCAUCAAAGGAUAAUGGACAAGUUGCACAGCCCAGUGCAACAAAGGAUCUCACGUGGAGAAAAAGUCUGGAUACAGAGGGGGAAUCUUUGCUCUCAGUUAAACCUGUGGUGCAAAUGGACUUAGGAAAAUCUUUAUCUGUACAAAAUCUUAUACAGUCUACAGAAGAACUGAAUAUACAGAUUGCUGGCAGUGACUCCAGUGGUUCCAGAGGUAGCCAAGAUGUAUACUCCAAAUGGAGGGAGUCAAAAUUAUUUAUAACUGAUGAAGAGUUGGAGACAGAGGCAGGAACAGAGACUACUGAAGCCAUCUCACGCCCAUUAGUGGAAACAACUCUCUCUGCUGACUCUCUAAGGACUGGAAUAUCAAGGUCAUCUCAAAGCAUCUGCAAGCCAGGGGAUGGUACAGAAGCACUCAAUCUGCUCCAUGUCAAACUUAAAUAACAGCUUGCUGGCUUUCUUCAUUGGCUGGUUCAUUCCUCUAGUCAUACAUAUCAUAGCAUGAACUAUUUUGUAAGCCUUUUUAAUAAGAUAAAAUCACAAAAAUCGGGAUGAAUCUGCAAAGCAGUUGAAUGAGCCCAUAUUUCCUAGCUGCAUGAAAAUGCAUGUUUAAGUGAUGGCUAGCAUCCAAAUUUACACCUACAGUAUGGCAGCCUUUGAUGAAGUAUGGUAGGUUUAAAUAAUGAGUUGCCUACAAAGCUAAUGCUGCAGGAUGUAUCAAAAAGAAAAAAAAAAUCAAAAAUUUGAGCAUUUUAGACAUAGUGCCGUCGCUACAGGGCAGAAGUGAAAAUGGUAAGGUUUAAAGCACUUUGCUUCUGAACUAAUUAAAUAUAUAUAUAUAAUGUCCUGAUUUAGAUGAUAGUUUAUGUUUACAACAAAAAAAUUAUCUACAGCUGCUAGCAAGGUACCAAGGAAAUCAGUAAUAUGGCUAGAAAUGCGGGGUUAGAAAUGGCUGCCAGUUGCAAGAUACACAUAUUUGCUCAUCAUUAAUCAGUUAUUUUUAGCUCUGAAAAAAAAUAGGUUAACAUUCAUCCAAUUUUUGGUGAUUUAGUGCUGUGGCAGAAGCACCUGACACACCACUGUCACAUUGUUCUUCAUAAAAAGAAAACUAUUUUGCUACAAAAAGUUUGUAUUUUAAGGAUUGGGGCUGGCCUCAGAAGGGGAUAAUGCGGGUGGCUACACUGAGAAUUCAGGGGAAUCGCUCCUCCCAGUCUCAUUGAGAAGCUGUCUUGUGAAUCUGAACCAUUUUGGCAGCAAUAGGUGAGGGAAGGAAGCAGGCGCUGCCUUCAUGUUAGAAGCAAUAUUUCCUUCUGUGGAAAUUUUGGCAAUUUUCCUUGCAGUCCCAAUCUGAUACUAUGACAGCACUUCAUAAGGCUGAGAAAGGAGGGAAAACAAGGAACUGAAAUACAAAGUAAAACUAAAGAGGACAGAACAGAGGAGAGAGAAAGACAACACAAUCAAUGUGGAAAUAAAUAAUAACACAGAUUUAGAUAGGCAGGAAGGGAAAUUAUCCCAUAAAACAAGAAAGGUAAAGAGGGGAAAAGUUACUUUUUUUUUUCCCCACAGAUAAUGAGUGCUAUUUUGAAAAAAAAGCCACAUAGGCAAUCAGAAAUUAAAAUAGAAGUAGAUAAGAUCGCCUUAACUGAAAAUAAAAAAAAUUAAGGCAAGGGUUUGUUGCUUUUUUAAUAAAAGGUGAUGAGGAGAGAGAGGGAAAGUGGUAACACUCUUAGAUCUUAACACUGUGUCCCAAUGGCAGUCAUUUUUUUGUGAACUUUCCAAGACAGAGCUUUCAGACUCCUUCCUCCGAAUACCCAACUUUUCAGAUUCAAAGCCUACAUCAAACUGAGCAUUCCUGCCUGAUACAUCCUCUUUUUUUUCUUACCCUAACCUACACUUCACUUCUGCUGAGAUGCAGGAGCAGUGUUAGUGCCUCUCUGCACAUCCCCAACAAUGCUUUCCUAUUGGGAGAACCGUUGCGCAGCCUAAACAGCCUGCUGCCUUUCCCAGCUGAAUGAAGUUUCUGUGUGUGGCCUCCUCUCAGAUUUACACCCCACCUGCACCACAGGCUUGUAGACAACCCAGUUUGGGCUCAGCUUCCCUCUAGCACCAGGAAUACCGAAUGUAUGGGGGUGCCAGUGCCAGCUCACUCAGGGCAGUGUGUUCUCAAGGCCCAGACCCACUGGGAACUUACUAUGUACAUCAAAAACAUCACUCCAGUCUUAACCGUGGCUAAAUGCUGUAGAUUGUAUUGUGAAGGACCUGAUCUGUUUACUAUGAAUCCAUUGUAACUUCUGCUUCCAUAUUUCCUUUAAAGAAGUAUUCCUGGAUGUUACAUGACAAUUUUAUUAUGUGAAAGUACAUGCAAACUGUAGAGUGUAUAUAUUGUGUCAUUAUAUGGGGUCCACGGACGGUACACUGUGUUCCAUGGCUUACACCGGAGCAAACUUCAGUUGUUAAAUCCUGAAAGACACCUUGAAGCACAAUUUCCUCACUGCUGAUUUGCCAUAUAAUUUACCACGUUCAGCCUUUCCUGUUUUCUUUACUUGCAAUCUGAUCAUACUAAAGCCUGAUUACAACAGUAAUUUUGUGAGGAUAAAUACUUUUUUUUCACAUCUCAGUUCACUUAACUACUAACUUAUUUGAAUGUCUGCAGUUUAUCCGGACAGAUCUGUAAGUUUAAACUAUCAAAAAUUUAAAAACUUACAAUCUUUUUUUAGUUUUCUUUUCCUUUUUCUUAACUCUUUAUGGUGCCUUUCUUGCCUUUCCCAUGAAGCCUCCUGCUGACCUAAGCAUAAAUAUGCAGUUAGGGUUCAGUUAAGGAGAAAGAGAUCGGGCACAUGGCAAUUGUGUGCCUGUGAUGAAACUCCCUGCCCCUCCUUGAGGAGAUUGAAAAAUCAAGGCAUCAUGAAUUGAACACCACUUUUCCACCUUCAUCUAUGUAAGCAGAUGAUUGCACCACAUUGCAUCAAUGGGAUAACUGAGCAUUGCCCCUGCCUGUACCAAUUCCACACAGAAACAGGGCCUUGGGUUUUGCUGAUAAUUUAUCUCACAGAAACUUGGUAUUUUUGCCUUAAAUGACAUGCCUGAGUCCUUCUAAUUUUAAGUUAAUUUAUUUAAUACAACUUUGUGCACAAAAGAAUAAGUUCUAUAAAUGAUGUAUGAAAAUGUUAAUAUCUUUACAAAGUACUAAUAAAUCUAGAAGAUCAUAUCUUUUCAAAUUAUAGUUUAAAAUCCUAAUUUGUUUUCUUUUAUGCUCAUCAUUAUUAUUUUUGCAGCUGCAAGUCUUAUCAUAUAGGGUUUUUUAACAUAAUAUUGAUAGGAAAUAGAAAGAGUAGUGAAUAUAUGAAAUUUUAAAGAGGAAGAAUUGUUUGUUUGGAUUUUUUAUAAGUUUUACUUAUAUUUCCUCAUGCGGAGUUUCCUGUUUCUAUGCUCUCUCUUUGAAAGACAGUGUCAUGACUGACAAUCAUUCAUUAGUUUCACAAAAGAAGGGCCUGUCUGGCUUUUCAAGUCUUGUUCUGAGCUGCUUAAUAAAAUCCAGCUCAUGACAGCUAAUAAGAAGUGUUCAUGAGUCGGGACAAAAGACAAUUUUUUUUCUGAUUUACAAUCCACUUGAGGAUUGUUGGACGAGAGAAUUAGAACUUAGGUAAAAGCUUCAGGAAUUAAGCAUUAUCCAAAUAACUGUUUUCUGAUCAGCAUGUUCUUCUACCUGAAUGGAGAACUGAAUAAUUUUGAUGACUAUUAUUUCUUUAAGAAUUUGUAUUUGCUCCUGGCUUAUAUUAUCUAUACUUUUUAUUUAAAUAUGAAUAUGAUGUUUUAGCCUAGGGUUCGAGAUUGCAAAGAUCAUACACUUUUAUUCACAGUGCCCACAGUUGUUCCAUGUUUUUGAGAUAAUCCUAUUAGAGUGACUGCUCUUAUUAUAGUAUGGUGAUGAGUAAUUCACCUGCUUUUGUGAUAAGUCAAAUCAUGCUGAAUGGCUGAUGUAUAGUAGACCAUCUGAUGUACUGUAGUAUUUCUGGAUUGGGACCUGCAAUCCUUACUCAAGCAAAAAUUCUAUGGAAUUCAUUCAUUUUAUGAAAUUCAAGAAUUUUUCUUGAAAUGGGAACUCAGAUUCAAAUCCUGAUUUUGUUGGGCAUCUGUUUAAAGUGAAAAUGGUAAUAUUCCAGUUAUUUCCUGAGGAAACUAAUACUUAGCUGAAUUUACCCAUGUCACAUUGACUAUAUAAAAAAUAACGCACAAAGUACUGAUGUAAAAAGGGAAGAAGCAAAGGGACAAUUUUAAAAAGCACAGAGAAUAAUCAGAAAAUUGGAGCAAGCAGGAAAAUAUAACAGCAAAGGAAUGAAAAAAGGGUUUAAACACCUGAGGCUAAAUUCAUCCUUGGAUGGCUUCGCUGACUUCAAUGCAUUCACUGCCCAACUGAGUGAAGCUCUGCCUCCGUUGGGAUAACCAGGCUCAGUUCCACUGACCUUAAAGGAACUGAACCCACAUAUACCAGAAAUGAACUUGCCUCUCUGGGCCAACUUUUAUCCUGACUCAUAUGUCAUGCAAUCCUUUUGGAUUCACUAGGCUUGAAUGAAAUACAGGUCAGAAAAGAAUUUGUCCCAGAUAUUUCUGCUUCACAUUUUUUUCCAAGUGUGUUAAUUGACUUAAUUCAAGUGGAUUACAACAUUACAUGACGUCCUGUCACUGUCUAAAAAGGUUAAUUAGUUUUUGAAAUAAGACUUGUCCCCUGCAAUGUCAGUGGAAUCAUGCAAUAUUUUCCUGUCCGUUCAUCUAGAUGCAAAUGUGGCCAUUCAUUCAGUUGUGGCCACACAUAGGACAAUUCCAGACAUACCCAAUAUCAUCUGCUAUUGGAAGAAUUUUUGACUUCUUUGAAAGCCAAAAGACAGUUUUGUAGCAGGCUUAGAAAGCACGAUGGCUGCUUCCACUGACACUGCAACAUUAGCCAGUACAUUACAAUGUUAAUUGUAAAUUCUUGACAAAGUUGAAUCCAUAUUGUUGUUAAUAAAAAUGAUUUGAAAAGUA